UUCAUAGUAGUGCGCCUGCGCAAAAGAGGAAUUUGGUGUCAUGGCGGUGGAUUUUGUCAACAUAUAACAUUCAAUUAAGAGGACUACUAAACUAGGGGAGUGCAGGGUGAGAAAAGAAAAAAAUGCAGUCGGAAAAGAAAAGGACAAAGGAAGACACAUGGAAAUCAGAUGAUUUAAAGAGACAUAUUAAAGGUGUGCUUAAUGAUAAUGACAAUGACAGGAGGAAAGAGAAAUCCAGGCGAGAUGAAGAGCAGAUGAAGAGCAGUAGUGGGGAGUCUCAGGAGCGGCGUCACAGAGAUCGGGAGAGUCGAGGACACAGGGAGGAAGAGAGACACAGAGACAGGACUCGAGAGCGACCGAAGGAAAGAGAUCAAGAGCGAAGAAAAGAGAGUGAAAGAAACAGGACGUCAGAAAGACGAGAGAGAGACCAGGGCAGAAGAAAAGAGAGAGAAAGGGGUGGAGACGCAGAAAGAAGCAGAAACAAAGACGGGGAAAGCGAAAUCAAGGACAGAAGUCACAGUGACAGAGACCGAGGGACACUAAGGGAGAGCAGAGACAAGGAGAGAGACAGGGAAAGGAGAAAAGCAGAAAGAGACAGGGAGCGAGGGAAAGAAAGGCCCGGAGAGAGACAAGAGUGGGAGGCAGAGAGAGAAGGGAGACACCAGGAUCAAAUAAAGGAGAGGGAGAGAGAAAAGCAUAGAAGCAAAGAGAAGGAAAGGGACAGGGAGCAUGGACGGCAUCUCAGCAGAGAGAAGGAGCAUGAUCCCGAGAGGAGAAAAGAAAAGGACAGGCAGCAGAAGAAAGAAAGAGACUUGGAGGAGGACACGAAGAGAGACGAUGGAAGAAAAGAACAACAUAAGGACCAAGAUCCUUCAAGACAAAGAGAAAAUAAAGAAUCUGCAGAACAACAAAGAAAUGAAAAUGAAGAACGUGAAAGGAGACAUCGAGACAGAGGGGAACACUCAAAGAAAAGUGCACUAGAAGGGCCGGGAGAGAGCCGGAGACACCGUCGAGAUUCCAGAGCCGGAGAGGGAGAGCACAGGCGUCGGGAACGGAAGGAGGAGGACCGGCAGCUGCCGGACGAUCGAGAACGGAGGAGGGGAAAAAAAGAAAAGAGGGAUAACCACGGGGAGAGGAGCCACCGAGAGGGAAAAAACGGAGGCCUGGAAAGCCAUAAAGCCCGAAUUUCUGCGGAUGAGCUCCAUCAAGACAAGACACUGCCUAGAAAAGAGAAAUCGCUCCUGGGCGGAGUAGAAAAUAUCAAGCCACAGAGAGAGAGGAAAGAGACAAAAGUCGGUGAAGAUGAUAAAGAACAAUUUGUCCUUGAUAAAUCAUCUGCAGAGGAUGUGAUUAACGAGGAAACAGCAGAAGAUUAUGAAGAGGACUUUGAAGACUACGAUGAUGAUUUUGAGGAUGUUGAUGAGAAUGAUGAAGGUAACAAAUCGGACACUAAUGAAGACGUUCAUGAAAAGGAAGAAUUCACCCCACAUAACAGGGCCGAAAUUGAGGCAAUCCAAAAAGCUAUAUCUGCAGAAAAUGAAAGGAUUGGUACUAUACAUCCUAGCACGGUAGAGAACAACAAAUCCAAUUGGGGUUCUGAGAGUUCUCCCAGCAAAGGCACUCAUCAAGGAAGAUUUAUAGACUUUGUGGCAGCAAAGCAACGGGAAGUGAGCAAGAAUGUAGCCUGUAAGCAAAAAAAACGCAGCACAGAGUUGCUUCGACUGAUCGACCUUGACUUUUCUGUCAGUUUUUCGUUGUUGGAUUUGCCUCCUUUGAAUGAAUAUGACAUGUACAUAAAAAACUUUGGUACAACGAACACCAAACAGGCAUAUAUCCAAUGCAAUGAAGACAAUAUUGAUAGAGAUAUCCAAACAGAGGAAACUGAGACAGUUGAGAAAUGGACUCAGCAUCCUGGAGAUGGCAGUGUAGUCUGUGGAGGUUCCAAAAGCAAUAAUGAGUCUUCAAAUGGUUCUAUGACAAAAUUGAGUAUUGACUCUAAGCGAUUGUCCAGUUUUUUGCGUGCAGCUACUCAGGUGAUUGCUGUAUUGCUAGAAGAAGACAGAGCCGAACAACAUUCUUUGAAGAAGCUGAAAUCACAAGAAGACUGUUUGUCAUUUAGUGAUGGAAGCUUACAGCUCAAUACAAAACUGCCAUUCCUGCAUGGUCGAGAGGUCUGCUUGAUACGCUUCUCGCAGAUUCAGAGGCAGGUCAUGCUCUCUGUGCACAGGCCUUUAAAAAGCUCCGGUGCAGUUCGGCUGGAUAGUAAGAGUAUUGUUUGCAUUUGGAACAUAUGGGAACCAUCACGUCCUCAGAAAGUCCUUAUAUGUGAAUCAGAGAUUCAGUGCUGCUGCUUCAGUCCUGGUCAAGCCACACUGGUGUUUGCUGGCACAGCUGAUGGUUCAGUGAUUGUGUGGGAUCUGCGGGAGCACUCUAGUUUACAUCACACUAUGAAAAUAGGAGAACAAGACUGGACCCUCCGGUUCCCCACAUUUUCCACUGAUUCUGUCCUUGCAACAUCUGGCCAUUUCUCUCAAGUAAGGGCUGUGGAGCCAGUUCAAGUCGAUGUAACUGAAGGACAGAGUCCAGGAUUUUUCCUACUGUCUUCUGAAGAAGAAUCAUUAGGACUAUCAUUUCAGUUGGCAUCCCUGGAUGACAGUGGAGUUUUAAAUCUUUGGGUGGUUGUGGAACUUCCAAAAGCUAGCCUUGCAGGAUCACAAACUGAUUUAGGUCUAAAACCAGGUGGAAAAGUAAAACUACUACACAGUUCAUCAAUAAUUACAAAUGAUAGAUCUAGUCUAGGGGAUGUUCUGCAAGUAGGUCCCUUGCAGGCACUGACGCUGAAGUUCUUACCUUCUGAUUCCAAUCACUUCUUCAUUGGCACAGACAUGGGUCUAGUGAACCAUGGAACAAGACAUGGUGUGAGAAUACCUCCAAAGUUCUACAAGCCACAGGCUAGUGGAUACAACCCAGUCAGCGUGACUUCUGUUGACUUCUCUCCUUGUGGAGAACCAGCGUUUUUGGUUGGAUGUGCUGAUGGAACUAUAAGAAUGCAUUCAGUGAGGACUGAAUACCCUGUUAUGGAAUGGAACUGCAGCACCAAUGGAGAGCCUGUUAUCUCUGUGCAAUGGGCUGUAACAAGACCAACAGUAUUUUUUGUUUUGGAUGCAACCUCUAAUAUUUAUGCUUGGGAUUUAAUGAAGAACAGUUCUCAACCAUUGCUUAAAGAAAAAAAUCAAUCUGAUAGGAUUACUGCCUUUGCUGUUUUUGGUGACCCAGGAAAACCCAAUACAUUUUCAGGGAUCUCACUGGCAAAACAGUCUGGAAAAAUUGAAAUUCAAUAUUUCAACAAACAAUGGGCAAUUCCUAACUCUGACGAAUCAAAGAAGCUGAAUGAUAUUUUAUGUUGGGCUUGUUAAACUAUCUGGGGAAAACUUUCUAUGGUGCUCUGUCAGUUGAUAUAAGAAUUAUAAGUGUGAAGUUUAGUAUAUAAAGAAAAACCUACACACAAAUGCACACAUGGAAAGUUAGUUACAGGUGAUUUUGUUUUUAGUGUCCUUUCCUAAAACCAGUCUUGGAAAACAAUUACAUUAGUAACAUGGAUUUUUUUCCAUCCUUUCUGAUCAACAUAUACUGUACAAUACAUACAUAUUGUGCAUUGUUAUAUUUAAUUCAUUCCUCUUCUUGUUUUAGGAAUGGGUAUAACACUAAAAACACAAUGAAAUAUAUAGUAUUUCUUUUUGACACUUUUCCUGUGCAUUGAAACAGAUACUUGCAUAUCUGUUAAAAUGUCUUCAUGAAAAACUGGAGAUUUUUCACACUGAAUUUAAAAACAGAAGGUGUAAAAAUCACAGUAUUUUGUAUAGUUGAUUUGGUCAAUAUUACUUGGUUGUGAUGGUUCACAAACCUGUAAACGGAUGCAGUAUAAGAUCUGCAAAACUAGUAUACUGUAUGUAGCCUAUUUGCUAGAACCUAGAGAUUAUUUAUAAAUCAUGAAGGUAUUUUUACCCUUUGAUUUAUUUUAUGUGCUUCACCUUUUGUGAAAUACAGUAACUUGUAGAAAUUCUUCACUGUCCCUUAAGGCAUUCUAGUCCUUUUACAAUCUUUUUUUCUGUAGAAGUCUGUGAAUGUGGAAAAGGUUGGUUUUAACAAUUAAACAAUACACUGCUUUAAGUCUUAUAAUCUUAAUCUUGGGCACCAGGACUCUUCUAUUCUUUAUUGAAUAAAUAUUGAAUUCUCCCACUUUCAGAAAGUGUUUUUUUCAAGUAAACAGGUGAGGUCUUUUUGAUCAAUCUGAUCUUCCAAAAUAAUGUUAGAAAUACUGUUAACACUGUUAUUUCAGUUUCUAACGUGUGCUUUUGUUAAGUCAUAAACAGUUUACCAUGUCAAGCUUUAUUUGGUACAUAAAAGGCCCUUUAGCAUUUCACUAUGUACAUUUCAUUUGUUUUAAUUUCCAUUUAAGUAUUCCAUUUUUGAAGGAUAGUUUUAUAGAUUAUCAAAGUAUGUAUCUUGUAAUAUAUAGUGAAAUCAUUAUUUGUGAAUACAGGGAGGGAAAAGUAAGAUCAAUUAAAUUAAUACUGAAUAAAUAGUUCACUUAUUCAGACUGUAAUUUAACAAAAAUGUAAAGUUUUUACUUAAUAUUUUUAUGCAUGUACAAUGUAAUGGA